CGUGCUUUUCCCUCCAGACGCCAUAUUGAUUCAAUGUCGAAACUUACGGCUUUUCCACAAGCAGUUUCUAAAACGUGUUGUAAUUUAAUACAUUGACAACAUUUUAUUGCUGUGUAUGACAUUUUCCAAUUGACAAUUAAUCAUUUGUUUUUAUUGAUUUUUAGAACCAUGACAAUUUAAAUACAAGUUAUUUGAUACUCACAAACUCUUCAUGAACGACUACAGUACCUCUGUUUUGCAUUUCACGCAAAUUGAAUCUGAUAAAAACAGCAAGCCAAUUGGGAUUUUUCCUCAAGUAGAGGAAGUCAGGUUAAAGAGGACUAGAAGUGCCACAAAGCAAGCCAUCAUGAUGACCGAUGGUGUCUCCCCACCUAUGCCAAAGUCGAAUAAAGGACCCAAGCGUCCUCGUAGUGUUGUAUGGUAUUACUUUGAUAAGAUUAUGAAUGAACCCCAGCGGGCUAGAUGUAAAAUUUGUGGUGCUACAUGCCACCAUGCAAACAACACCUCAAAUCUUUUCAAACAUCUACGCGUCAAACACCCUUCAACCUAUAAAGAAGCAGAAAGUCAGAGGGAAGCUGAAAUGGAGUUGUACCUAGAGUUAAAAGCAAAAUCUGGUAAGCCGGUUAUUCGCCCAGGGAUGAGAGGGCGACGACCAAAAUCACUGGGUGUUCUAACAAACCCCAUAGUGAAGGCUGAAGAUAGUAUGCUAUUAAACAACACCACUGGCUCAACCCUAGGAGUUCGGAAAUCUUACGGAGCAGAGAAGGUCAAACAAAAUAUGACCAGAGCGUUAUUGAAAAUGAUUACUGUGGAUUUACACUCUCCAAAUAUUGUCAACGGCAAAGGUUUUCGAGACUUUGUUCGUUCCCUAGACUCAAGGUACGAACUUCCUAGUAAAAAAAGUAUUGCAAAAUCUUUACUGCCUGAGCUUGCCGAAGAAACAAAGCAUAAAAUCAAAUUAGAUGUUGUUAUCGCUUCCUACUUUGCUUUGACUGUUGAAACAUGGACAUAUCGUAACACGCAAUGCUUCAUGACACUAUCUGCACAUUUUAUCAAAGAUUCAUGGGAGAUGGCCAGCAUAGUAUUGGAGACAUUUGACUGCACUGAAGACAAAACAGAAACCAAUGUGGCAACCAGUUUUAAGAGGAUCACAGAUGAGUGGGGUGUUACAGACAGAGUCAUAGCACUGGUCGCUGAUAACUCUGAAGAUGUUAUCCACAGUGCUAGCUUAGUCAACGGGUGGGAAGAACUAAUCUGCUUUGGUCACACAAUGAACAUGGUGAUAGCGAAUGCUCUGACCUCUGUUGCUGAGCUGGUUAGAAUACAGAAGAAGACCAAUGACGCUGUGGCUUAUUUUGAAAAGAGUACCAAAGCUGCAGAUACACUAGCUGCAGUACAGCAGCAACACAAUUUACCUGUUCACAAGCUGAAACAAGAGAACCUUCGCUAUUGGACAUCCACCUUUGCCAUGUUUGAAAGGAUGGUAGAACAAUACGAGGCAGUGAACACUGUUUUAUGCUUUCUUGGCAAAGACCACAUGUGCUUGUGUGAUGACGAGGUGGAGCUAAUUCGAAGCGUUGUGGAAGUCCUUAAACCUUUUGAGGCAGCCACUAAAGAACUCUGUACUGAACAGUACACGUACAUGUCCAAAGUCAUCCCCAUAGCCACACUUCUCCAGCAAGUUACGUCUGCGGGUAUUGCCACCUUACCGGGCCCCCAGUCAGCAUUAAAAAAUGCCCUCAUCACCCAAAUGCAGCAGCAUUUUGUCAAUGUUGAAAACAAUUAUAAACUAGCUGUCUCCACACUGCUUGAUCCUCGCUUUAAGCGCCACGCUUUCACAGACGCUGCUGCUUUAGAGCUUUCACAUCAGCGCUUGCUGGGGGAACUUGCUACUGUUGUUCAAAACUCUGACACACCUUCCAUGGCUAAUGACUCACAGUUUGGUAAUGAUACUUCAGGUUCUUCGUUUUGGAACAUGUUUGAUCGUAAAGUUUCAGAGGCUGGGGCAAUGAAAACAUCGGCAUCUGAGGCCGACAAUGAAACACGUCGUUACUUCAAGGAAGCCAACAUCCCUAGAAAUGCAAAUCCGUUGACCUGGUGGAAGUUGAAUGAAGUUCAGUUCCCACAUCUUAAAGUUUUAGCUCAGAAAUAUUUAUGCAUACCUGCCACUUCUACAGCGUCUAGCCGCUUGUUUACCAAAGAGGGAGAUGUGACUGCUUGUAAACGGGAACAAAUAAAGCCAGCUAAUAUUCACACAAUGUUGUUCCUCAACAAAAACCUGGCGUAGUUUAUACCUGUAAUAUAUAUUAAAAGUUCUUAAGUUACUGUUGUUAGGACAAAUUCAGCAUUUAUUAAUUUACGACAGUUAAUUAUUAAUAAGUGUGACUUUAAAAAUAGAGGCUGAUACUUUAUGGAACAGAAAAUAUAAUUGUUUGAGCUUGAUAAUUAUCCUGUGCUAUAUAUACCAUCUACACAUUGUUAAUUAAGGUCACAAGCCAGUUGUAGCUGUUUGAAUGGAUAUGAACAGGGUUGGUGAUUAAUGAAGACUUUCAUAGGAAAAUGUAUCUCAAAUUAUUUUUGUUGUGAUUUUAAAUAUGAAAGACUGACAAUUAUAUCAAAUAUAUUAAAGUUUAAAUUACUAUGUAUAUAAUUUUGACAUAUUUUUUUGUAACUAAGAUUAUUGUUGUUUUAUCCGUAUAUUUUUCUAGAAUCCGCAGUAUCAAUCAUUCACAUUUACCCAUGGGAUUCAAUGAUACAUUUUCCAUAGCAUCUUCCAAGUCAGUUAAAAAUCUAUAUUUUGGCAUCUUGCUUUCAAAAUAGAUAAAUUAUCGCUUACAAGUUCAUGAGUUAUUUUUAAAAAAGCAUUUACUUUUGGAAUCAUGAAAACUAAUUGAAUAAAUUAAUUUGUAUAGAAUCAAACCAAUAUAAUUGUGGGAAUUUUGUUGAUUUCAACAUAUCACUGAGAUUGUCAACAUAUUUUCAUACUUUUUAACAACUAAAACACAACUAUAAUUUUUAUUACUCAAUAUCUGAUCUAAUAAUGAAAUUUAUUACUUCGAGAUCUUUUCUGUUUUGUAUGUAAAUUAAAACAACCGAUGCUUUGUUACUGUUUGUUUUUAUCCAGAAAAUCAACCCAUGUACUGUUGUGAUCCAGUAUUAUGAUUUGUAAGAUUAUUUUUAACUAGUUUGAAUAUUAAAUGUGGAUUUUCAACUUUAUCAUGUGAAAAUGUAUUGUCUAUUUUGGGAUAAAUAGGAUGGUGUUUAUGAUGUGAAAAUGUGUAUAUACAUGCAAGAGUUUUUUUUUUUAAAUGUUUUUUUGCUUUUUUAAAAACUUUUUUAAAGCAUUCUCAAUUACUCUUUGUUGUUAAAUCAAAGAUUGCAUGAUUUCUUUCCAAAGUAUGAUGAUGUAGAGAAAAUGUAAUGAACUUAAUGGAAGCAGUAAUCUAAGCUUUAUCAUUAAGUAAAACUAAUUAGCUUUGCUGCACCAUAAUUAUCUUAACUAAAUUCUCCAUUUAAACAGCUUCAGGACUAAGGAAAGUAAAGUAUGCAAUUGUUGGCCAGAUAUUUUUUCAUUUAUUUCUCUUUUAACUAAGAUAUAUGCAAAAUGUACAAUCAAUAAUUAUGGUUUUUUUUUAAGUAUGAAAAUUACAUUUUGAAAAGUUAUUUUUUGUUUCAGUUCUUCAGUUUACCAAAAUGCAAAUAAUGUGUGUUCUCACAAGCUAGAAUGUGUUUUCAUAUGCAAUCUUAUCUUCUAUGAAAAUCUUUGUGCAUUGUUGUAUGAGAAUCUGGAAAGCAUAGGCCUUAUAUAUUAUACAUAAUGAAAAUAUCAGGUACCAUACACAGCAUUAUGUGUGUUAUUGCAAAUGAAAGUUCUAUUUUAUUCUAACUUGUCUGGUUAUAUUGACGUAGAGUAAAAUUUAAUUUUAAAAUGACACUGUUUAUUUUGUUACGCCCAAAUCAAUCUUUUUUGUAAGUUCUGGUUUCUUUAGAAAAAUCUAAAUCCUUAAGUUUUUCGUUCUUUUUAGAUGGGUGGAUGAAAGUCAAUUUUUUGUUGUCUCUAGUAUUGAUAACCCUAAAACAGGUCCAUGACCAAGCAGAAAACAAUCACCUCGAUAGGUCAAUGCACUGCCCUCCCCACUUUCUGAGAAGAACUAAAUUAUAUUAUACGAGCCGGCCCGCGGCAUAACAUACGCCGCUAUUUAGUUGUUGUUUUUUUUCUACUUUUCAAUAAUUCAUAAUUUGUGAAUUUGACAGUACCAACGCUGACACUGAAAAUAUUUCUUUAAAACACUAUAAGUAACUCGUUAAGGACCAUAACCCCCCUUCCUUCCCCCCCCCCCCCUCCCGCUACGUUUAAAAUCGUUUUAAACUAAAUUAUCUUCCCCUAACAGUCGUCACAUAACCCAGCUCUGCUUGUAAACAUUUAGAGUGAACACAGCUCACUAAGACAAUGUAGGGGUGGGGAGGUAGGGAGCGCGUUUACAGCUUGUUUUCUAGCGUCUCCCAGAAGAGAAUUAUAUAUAGAGAUCAAUAGUGUGUUUUUGAACACUUUUAAGUUGUGCAUGUGAUGUAAAAUCGUGACAUAUCGGAGUAAGAAAAUUUAGUUUUGAAAGUGUGAAAUUAGUUUUAGAAUUGUGUAAGGUAUAUCAGUGGUUCCCAACUUGUGGAGGUGGUACAAGCCUUCAUAUUUACACACCAAAUCAUUAUUGAUAUAUAUUGCUCCAAAGUAUAAGUACCAACUUCAGUUAUGUUUUUGAUGUUUGAACUAAAAUAAACAUAUGGAGAACAGCUUUAUCAUGAUAGUACCUUAUACAGUUACACCUUUGAAUAUUAUUUUCAUUUGAAUCCCUCUUCAUCAUUUUCUUCUAAUAUUAUGUGAAUAAGCAGUGUAACUUAUAGUUAUAUUUUUUUAGAUAGCCUAUAGCACACAAUUUUAAUCCUUUACUUUUAAAUGAAAAUUCUAAAAAAUUAGAUUACCUAGUCAUACUUGUUUAUAGGGAAAUAUAUUGUUAAAUAAUAUAACUGCGAGUAUAAAUUUAAUCAAGAGUUUUAAUUUUCACAAACACUAGAAAGAUCCAACUAAAUUUUCAGACUAAAAGUGUAAAAUGAAGUUUAUAAAGUUAGCAAUAAAUGUGAUGAUUUGUGUACAUUCUCUAUUUGGCACAAUAGUUUUCUUAACAAACCUUUAAGAUAUUUUUAUUUAAUUUUCUUCAGUGUUUAAAAGAAACCACUAUUUAGCCUGUAUGUUUGAUUUAUGAAUAUAUGGUUUUAAACAAAACUAACAAUUUUCAGUUACAGGCUAAAACAGUGACAGCGUUAGUUUUUUAUUUGUUAGUGGUUUGAAUUUUCUUUCAACUUAAGAGCUAUACUAAUUCUUUAUAUUUCUGCCACAUCGCAAACCAUAAAAGAUGUAUUAGAAAAUUGUAUUGCUAUGUGACAAAGCAAUAUGUAUUUAAAAAAAAACAAAAAACUAUACAAUUGAUAUAGGAAUAGGCACAAUUCCAAUUAUCUGAACUGAUAAAACUAAAUGCAUGUUAAAUGUAUGGUUAUACUUAUAGGAGAAAAGUUAGGAACCACUGAAAGUGACUGAUGCUUUGUUAUAACAACAGUUGUAUAUCAUUCUGAAUGGAAGAAGUUGUUUUGUUAGCAUAUUUUUGUCAUGUUACGCUUACAGAAACUUACCAACAGUUUGAGUUGUAUUUCAUUCUGUAUGAAGGUAAUUGUUUUGUUAGCAUAUUUUUUUCAUGUUACAAUUUAAGAACUUGUGAAGUGUGAUGAAUCAAGUUUUACUGACUGCUUUCUGCGUGUUGAUUGUGUAGGAUUAAUUCAUGUUUGGAUUCAUGUUGAUCUUAAACUACCACAUUUUAACAAAUCUCAUGAGGAUUAUUAAACUACAAUGAUAUAAUGA